CGCCUCCCGUGUUAGGUUUCAUUCGAUGAAGCAGCUGCUGACAUGGCGGACCCGGGGAAGGUGGAGGGGGCGGUUUACAGUAUCCCUCUCCUCCUUCCCGGGCCCUCCAUGUCCCCCCGGCUUCUCUUCCUCAUCAGCUUGGGGCUGCUGAUGCUGGCCGGCCAGACGUCUGCCCUGACAGAAGGUCUGUACUGCGGCCAUCAGGUGUGCUAUGAUGUGUUGGGGGUGAGCAGAGAGGCCAGUAAGCCGGAAAUCGCCCGAGCGUACCGACAGCUGGCCAGAAAGUACCACCCGGACAAGUACCGGCCCGGAGAAUCCCGUGACGAGGCACACGAGAAAUUCCUGCUGGUGGCUACCGCCUACGAGACGUUAAAAGAUGACGAGACUCGUAAGGACUAUGAUUACAUGUUGGAUCAUCCCGAAGAGCACUACAGACAUUACUAUCGUUACUACAGCAGGCAGCUGACGCCAAAGGUGGAUGUUAGGAUAGUGGUCCUGGUUACAGUGUGUGCAAUCUCCAUCUUUCAGUUCUACAGUUGGUGGAGCAGCUACAACGAUGCUAUUAACUACCUAGUGACGGUGCCAAAAUACAGAAUCCAAGCCGCUGAAAUAGCACGGCAGCAAGGCCUCCUCAACCGAACCAAAGAAAAGGGCAAGGCUAAGAGGUCGAAAGAAGAAAUCCGACAGGAGGAGGAGGAGGUGAUCAGGGACAUCAUAAAGAACAAAAUAGACAUUAAAGGUGGUUAUCAGAAGCCACAGAUCUAUGAUAUACUAUUGUUCCAAAUAGUGCUCUUCCCCUACUACAUGUUCACCUAUAUCUCCUGGUAUAUCUGGUGGAUAUAUACAUUUAACAUUAAAGGCGAAGAGUAUGGCGAAACGGAAAAAUUAUACCUCAUCCGGAAAAAUAUGAAGAUCUCACAGACGCAGUUCGACAGCUUGGAGGAUCAUCGCAAAAAGCAGUUUCUCGAGCAGCAGCUGUGGCUGAAAGAAAACUACGAAGCAUACAAACUAGAGCAGGAAGAAGAAAUGAAGCAGAAAAUGGCUUUGGACCCCAGGUGGAAGAGGUAUCGAAGAUGGAUGAAGAAUGAGGGACCCGGAAGACUGACAUUUGCAGAUGACUGAAUUGUUAUGCUGCUAGAUUAUUUUCAUCAAAUUGAGGGUUUUUUUAAAUAUAUUUCUGCAGUCGCCUAAAACUCAAGAACAAUUAACUGAUACAAAUGUCUGUUUUUAUUCUUUCGUAUAGAUUUUUAAUAAAUGAUCUGGCUGGUGCCCUUUCUGGAACAACACCAAGAAA